UCCUCCUCCUCCUCCUCCGCUGCGGAGCACGAGUUGGUAUCAGAAAGUUAGAGCUGCUAGGAAACCCGGUCUGCAUGACGCUGAAACUUUGCUGUUUGUUGUUUUUCGUGUUUGUGGGUUGAGAGCUGAGCCGAAGGGAGAGAAGGCGGCAGGUGAGUAAAGGAGAACCCUCUGAACCCUCUGGUGACCUGUGAUUGUCUGCGUGUGUGAUGGAAGCAGAGGCGGCUCUGCAGGAUGAGGGAACCGAGGACUCGUGGUCGUUGCUGUCUUGGCUGGCGUCCUGCCUCAUGGUGUUUGGAGGAGCGUUGCCUUAUGUGCCACAGUACCAGGAGAUCCAGAGGAGCAACAACAGCGAGGGCUUCUCCACCAGAGUGUGCCUGGUGCUGCUCGUCGCAAACAUCCUGCGAAUCUUCUUCUGGAUAGGGAAGCAGUUUGAGCUCACCCUGCUGCUGCAGAGCGUGGUGAUGAUCCUCACCAUGUUUGCCAUGCUCCACCUCUGCUGCACAGUCCAAAACACCAACCGAGUGAGCACCAAGCAGCACAGACUCUCAGACUUGGACAUUCGCUACUUCUGGAAGUGGAGCGCGUUCGAGGAUUACCUGCUGUUCUGCUUCGGCUUCACCGUGCUGUGUGCGGUCGUCACCCUGCUGCUGCUGGACUCCGCUGUGUUUGUGGAGACGCUGGGCUCCCUGGCGGUCAUGUUCGAGGCCAUGCUGGGCCUCCCGCAGCUGCUGCAAAACUUUGAGAACCGCUCCACCAAAGGCAUGAGUGUGAAGAUGGUGAUGCUGUGGACAGCCGGCGACGUCUUCAAGACCACUUACUUUGUGAUGAAUGAAAGCCCGACUCAGUUUGCCGUUUGUGGCUCAGUUCAGAUCCUAAUCGACGUGGCCAUCCUACUGCAAGUCCUCUUCUACACCCCGGACACACGAGCUAAGCUGGGCUGAUCAUGGCCUUUGCAUUGGGCAGCUUCAAAACCAGGGCUCGUCUCCAAAGUCUAAUCAUCAAGGCUUUUAAAGAAACAGCUGCAGAGAUGAUGAUGGAAUAAUGAUGGGACUCAUUUGGUUCCAAGAAUCUGGAGAAAUCUGAAGUCAGUUCAUAUUUUUUUUCCUCGUUAGCCUUGAUUUGAAGUAUUCUGUCUCAUGAGUUCAUGCAGAUCCAAAUUUUGUACCUUCCAGUGCAAUUCGCCUCAAACAAAUUACCGACAGCAGCAUUUUCUCUCUCGCACUUGAAACCCCUUUGCCUUUUACAUUUUUAAAGCGAUAAGGAUGCCUUUUUGUGCAUUCUUAUUAUUUUAUACUAUUUAUUUGUUCUUGGAUGCUGGACUCGGGUGGACAUGGAAACAUUGCUCACCCUGGCAGCUCACUCACAGCAGAGCUGUACUGGCAGCUGUUACAACCGGUCCUGCACCGGUAGCCCUCACACUGGAAUCUACUGCCUGAUUGAUGAGCCUCCCACUUCUCACUUCACACCUCACAGGACUGGUCUCAUGAUGCAGAGUGUGUGCGUAAGUGUGUGUAUGUGUUUGUCCGCAAAACUUGCUUGUUUUUAUUUUUUCUGCAGCUGAAAUUGAUUUUAGCCGUCGGCGUCCAGUGCAGAGCAAAGGCUCCAGAACAUACACUGAGUCUGCGUAACCAUGCAGGACAUCAAUCUGUUAUCGCUUUGCUUUGUGGUUUCAUUGAUGAGCAAAGAAGGUCCAUACAAACUUUAUAAAACUAAUGACAAAUUGCACAAACCUCAGUCACAAACACUUUUGGACACGUCAGACUGCAAGUCAAAAGACUGCAGUAUGAGUUAUACUGAAAGUUUGAGCCAUUGUUGCAUCUAUUAGACUAAGCCAUGUCCCAUCAUUUGAUGUUUCUGUGAUAACUUUUGCUCCUCUAAAAGUCUCAAAACUUGUUUUCAAGACACUAACUAUGAAAGAAAGGCACUUGGUAAGUAAGUAAUCAUCACAUCUAUACACUUUGAGAAAUGUUGACAUAAAUCAGUUUUUGACCUUUUGUUCAACCUAGCUCAAAAUCCUUUUGUUAAAAACUUUGAGAAUGAAAUGACCAAUCUUCCCUUUUCUGAAGAGAUGAGAAGAGUGCUAAAGUAGUUUGGGAAUGAUAUGAACAAAAAGAGUGAGACCAUUUAUGAUUUCAGAGAGGGCGAGGUAAGAUCUCAAACCACUCUCCCUUUAGCCAAAAGAAAACAUUCAAUUCCUUUCUGACCCUCUCUUAUCAUAAAAUAACUUUUGAAUAAGCCGUUAUGAAUGUGAGAUUUCUCUUUCAUAUCAUGAGCCUGGUGCUUUCUAAAGAAGUAAACAAACUUUAAAGCUUCCUCACUCAGCCAGAGCUGCCUCGUUACCAGAAGAAGCCUUUUAAAAAAGAGCCAUUACAGAAAUAUUCAUCCAUUUCAGCCUGUGAAUACACAAACAAAUAUUCUAUUCAGAAUUUGUGUUUUUAAUCAAGAACUAAUUUAGCUUGACUGUCUCAAGGGAAGUGCUUCUCUUAGUUCUCUGAGUUAAUUCUUGAUAGUUUCCUCUUACUAAAGUGCUGCAGGAAACAAAUCAGUGCCAGCGGCUGAUCAGUAGUCAGAACAGGUUCUUUUAACUUCUCCCUCGGCUCGAGUUAAUUAAGUAAUAAAUCUGCUGCACCUGCUUCUGGACCACCAGUUACUCUUUUAACUUAGCAGCCAAUCAGUGUAUGUCUGUUAAUCUAAACCCCUCUGUGCUCAGGUUCUCCUUACCGAACACCUUUUCAUAUUACACACUGCAGAGGUUAUGGUUUGCAUCAUACAGAUAACGUCUUCCUGCAGCUGCCAGUGAGCUUCAGUAUACCUCAGCCUCAUAUUAUCUCUCUGUAUGUCAGUGUUAUCUUGUAAACAAGCAUAAAGAGGGUUGUAUUUAACUCUGACCUUGGUUUUCAUAAUCUGACCAAGAACAAGGGUCCUCUUUCUCUCAAGUCUAGCUAUGACAUAACUUCAGGUUUUUUAAUCAGUGCCUCAAUAUUCAAGGAAAUACAUUUUUCUGCUUCAUUGCAUGAAUUAAAAUGAGAAGCUCUUUCAUGUCCGUACAGUAAGAACAAAGCUACAACUAGCAGCCAGUUGGCUUAGCUUGACAUAAAACCUGGAAAGGGUUGGCAGCUAGCAUCAUUCUCUUAAAAGGUAACACAACCUGCUAACCAGUGCCCCUAAACAGGUCCUGGAGUAACAGAUCCUGGUGUUGAAAUCUGUAUAUAGUUUACAGUUUUGAACCUUUUUAAUGUGCAGACCUGGCAAACAAGAAAUAAAAUAUCAGUAUUAGUGAUCUUAAAGUAGCCUCAAUUUUUUACACUGUGAAGCCUUUGUCAUUCUGAUUGCUUACAAUAAAAACAAAUGUUUUUAUCUCAUCCUGGUGAGGUGAAAACCCUGAGUUCAACCUCUGUCUGGCAAGAGAUUCCAGGCACUGUCUCUUUAAAGACCCCCUCCCUCCAAGCCCACUUUCUCCGUAUUAGCCAGCGCUCUGGAACCUAUAGAAUGUAAACAUGUCCCUGUUCUUAUCUGUCAGCCAUUCCUCUAAUCACCCAAAUUUUUGUAUUACUCCUAGGCUUUAUGUCACCUUAAUAGAUCCCCAAGUUCAAUGUGUAUGGGUAAAGAAAUGAUGUGCAUAGAACAAAACUGCCUUUCAACCAGGCUAUGUGGUAUGUUGGGAACUUUAACACAGGUCCUAGUGGGGAUCCCUUUGCUUUUGCAGCCAGCCUCUAGUGGCCACUUGAAGAACUGCAGAUUUUUGCACCUCUGCAUUGACUCCACUUUUCAAAACCAUAGGUUGGUGCUUGAUGAAAGACUGAGCUCUGAAGACUGAGGGAUUACUUAGACAUACGUUAUAAAUUCAAUAUAUGAAUGUCUGGAAAAAUGGAACAACACAUUCAUUCCUCUCUAAGAGUUGCAGCCAAGCUAGCUGUUAAUGUCUAUUUCCUGCCAUUAUCAAAGCUAAUGGAAGCUAAGCUAACAGUUUGAGCUGAAGCUUGUUCACUGCAAAGACAUGAGAGAGGUAUUAAUCAACCAACCAAUCAUCUCAAAUGUAUAACCAAAAACUAUUAUUUCACAUUAAUCAUCUACUGGAAAGUGUAUUUUUUUAUUAUUAUUAUUGGCAUUUAAGGUAAAAAGAUGAUGCAAAAUUCAGAAAAGAGGCGCAGUCUUUUAUUUUGUAUGUGUAUCAAUCAUAACGCCUGAAAGAUGAAUCGUGUAAUCUUAAUGUUUAUGUAUGAGUACAUAUGAAAACAACAUGCAUAUCUCAAAGGAAAUGUUUGAAUAUAAAUAUGUGAUUGAUGAAUGCACUCUGCCAAAUAUAUAUGAGCCUAUGAAUCCAUGAAUACUGUUCUGCUGGUGCAGUAAUAUUAAGAGUAGAGUGACAUUUAUACAAGUGCUCAGGUUGCUAUUAGACUUCUGUGACGUGCAGCUUCAUUGUUCUCUGACCUUCCAUUGUGUGACUCUCUACAUGUGGGUACACAUACGUUCUUCAGUUAUCUUACCUUUUACCGCUGGCAAUAUUGUGUUGAGGUAUAUGUGUCUUAUCUCCUGUUCCCCUGCUGCAUACCACAGUUGUAUUGCGUUUGCAUUAUUUCUGUAUUCUAUAAGCUCUUAUCUUCAGAUGCGUAUCUUUAUUUCCUGUUCUCAGCCUGGGACUGAACCUCCCAGGAUUUAGCUUAACAUUUAGGCUCAAUGUUGCCUUUUCCUCUCAAGGGCGUGUGGACAGAUUAGCACACAGACUGCUGGGCUGUGAUAAUCCCUCAGCCUGAUUCACAUUGUGGUGAAUGCACUGACUGCCUCUCCGGUAACACAAUGAUAGAAAAGGAUUUCUUUUUUCAAUUCUAAGGAGGAGAGGGCUUGAUUGUUGCUUUUUAACACAUGCAAGAUGAACCGUAAUCUGGAAUAUAAGUCGCACCAUAAAACGCAGUGAGUUUUUGGGGAAUGCCCGCAGAGUAAAAAGGAUUAAACUGUAUUCCUGCAGGAAGACUUUCAUUCAUCACUCAGAAAUGUGCUGUUUUAUGCAGAUGUGUAGCUCUUCUUUGUGGAGACUUGUGCCACUGCCCUCUGCUGGCCUUUUCUUGUCCUAAACGGAGAAGUCUUAAUUAUGUUUAACCACAGUUUUCUGUGCCUGGCCAUGUGCCCAUCAUGCUUUAAAGAAGUCACUUCCUCCUUCGAGCGCCAUCUUCUGUAGAUAUCCGUGUGAUGUUUGUGUUUAAUGUUGUACAGACAGCAAAGUUUACCAGAAACAAAUUCUCUGAAUGUGCACUCUAACCUGGUUAAUGAAGCUGAUUCUGUUUCUGGAAAGAAUAUAGUAACACUACAGAAUACCUCUCUGUACUUCAUACCGGUAUAUUGGUCGCACCGGUGAAGGACACAACUUAAUUUUUAGAUUAAUUAAGGGAAUUAAAAGUGCAUCUUAUACACCAACUUUUAAGGUUUAUGUAUUUUUAUAAACAUGGAUAAAUUGAUAACCACAAUUUAUGCUUCACAGAUACUAUUUCUAUUUUUUCCUUUGAUUGUUCAUGUAGAAACCAAAAGUAAAUGCUGCCUGUAAAGCAUUAUAAAGUACAAACUGCUCAGAGGAAUAAUUUAAGGUCUGUAUCAAUCCACCCACUGCCAAAGAAAGUGUUAUUGUGCGAACUGUUUCUACCAUCUGAUGACAACUGUGUGAAAUAUUUAUCAUGUUACUGUCUCAAAUAUAAAGUAUUUAUAUUUCA